AUGUUCUUUUUUACAGAUGAUCAUUCCCGUGUGGUUCUUAAUAAAGUUGGAAAAGAUCCACACUCCGAUUACAUCAAUGCAAACUACAUCGAUAGUGUUACAAACACUGCGGAAUACGUAGCAACACAAGGACCGAGGCCUGGAACUGUUAAUGAUUUCUGGCGGAUGAUAUGGCAGCUGCAGACCGGCAAAAUUGUCAUGUUGACAAAUCCUAUAGAAGGCGGAAGGCCGAAGUGCGACAAGUAUUGGCCAGAGGAGGGAGAAGCUUUGACCACUACAAAUUUCAACAUUAUCCUGGACAGGGAAAGAUCAUAUGCCUUCUACGUCAUCCGUGAUCUUACAGUCACUGAAAAGAAGACGAAGUCAGUACGUCAAAUACAUCAGUUCCACUAUACCACGUGGCCCGACCACGGGACUCCAGACCCAAACGAACUCGUUGUCUUCCACCGCCGUGUGAUGAACUACGGGACUGUCUUGAAAGGGAAAAUGGUUGUUCAUUGCAGUGCUGGCAUAGGCAGAACAGGAACAUUUAUUGCCCUAGACGCUCUUUUGGAAUACGGGAAGGAGUGUGGUAGAAUUGACGUAAUGCAAUACAUAAAAACCAUGCGGAAGGAUAGGAUCAAUAUGGUUCAAACUGCUGAACAAUACAUAGCUAUACACCAGCUCCUUAUAGAAGCCUUUGAAAUGCCAGACACACUGAUUCCGAGAAUGAAGUAUCAUGCAGCACUUACUGCUGUCUCCAAUGGCGGCCCGACGAACCAAACAAAGCUCAGGAAGGAAUUCCAGCUGACACAAAUUAUGAAACCAGCUUACGAUGAGACAAGCUGCAGAGCCGCCUUACUGCCAUCUAACACGAUGAAGAACAGGACCUUAUCUGUCGUUGCAGUUGACAAGUUCAGGGCGUACCUACGAUCAUAUACUGAUGGUAGAACGGACUACAUUAAUGCCGUGUCAGUGCCAUCCUAUACAUCCAAAACUGGGUACAUCGUCACACAGACUCCUCUGGAAGACACCGUAGUGGAUCUUUUGAUGAUGAUAAUGGACCACAGCUGUCAAACAAUUGUCAUCAUCGAGCCGGACGACAUUGACUGGCUUCCAGGGGAAGGUGAAAACAAAUCCAUCGGGGAUUUUACGUUGGAACACAAAGGAAAGUCUUCAACAAUAGCAAAUGUCGAUUUGCUAGAAAUCGCAAUAGGAAACGCGGAAAAUAGCUUCAAUACCACUGUUAAAGUGUUCCAUGUGACUGGAUGGGGUAGAGAAUCAUCAGUCCCCAAGGAUUCGUCCAUGUUGCUUCACCUACUGGAACUUAUUGACAGCAGACGCAAAUCGGACGAUACCAAGACAACAAUAGUCAUGUGUCGUGAUGGCUAUUCUCAGAGUGGGCUGUUCUGUUGUAUCAGUAAUGCAAGAGACCAAAUGAAGAGUGACGAAGAAGUAGAUAUCUUUCAGAUUUCACGUCAGCUGCUUAUGCGACGUCCAGCAUUUGUGAUUAAUUUUGAAAAGUACCAAUACUGCUACAACGUGAUCAAAGACUAUCUGGAUACCACCGACGUGUACAUUAACUGAUUAAUGAGUACCUGGAUACCACUGACAUGUACACGAACUCAUUAAUGAGUACCUGGAUACCACGGAUGUGUACAUUGACUGAUAAAUGAGUACAUGGAAACCACUAAUGUGUACAUGAACUGAUUAAUGAGUACCGGGAUACCACCGACGUGUACAUGAACUGAUUAAUGAGUACCUGGAUACCACGGAUGUGUACAUUGACUGAUAAAUGAGUACCUGGAAACCACUAAUGUGUACAUGAACUGAUUAAUGGGUACCUGGAUACCACUGACGUGUACAUGAACUGAUUAAUGAGUACUUGGAUACCGCCGACGUAUACAUGAACUGAUUAAUGAAUACAUGGAUACCAUCGCCGUGUACUGGAAAACAUGUAUUUUAAAAAUAGUUUAAGGAAAGUUCUUAAAUAUAUUGCUUUCGCUUUAUUAGUUUACCGAAGAAUCAUACUCUAGAAUUGUUUCCGUAGUAAACAGCGAUAUGUUACAGCUGUAUUAAGUUUUAACAAUGAAGUGAAAAGGCGGAAUCCGUAGUAAACAGCGCCUGGGGUGAAUGAGCCAAAAUAAAACACACCAAAAUCUCACGAAAACGAUCAUCGGAACAAUAUCCCGCGUCUCGAUCAAUUGAUUAACUUGUUCACAAAGCGACGACUGUUUUCCUGUGCAACCAGGUGAGACGAAAUACAAGACUUUCGUAGCUUAAUGAACAAUUAUAUCAAUUACAUAAAUACAGGUAAGUGUCAAAAUUUAACACACAUGAUGGUAAACGCCAAAAUUUGAUACACCAAUACUAAACCACUCUACGACGCCAAAAUAUCCCGAAGUAUACACAUUUUGACCCUGAUUGAUCCCUCGACCUGAUGGUUAGAGCUAACUGAAAUAUGUAGGUAACUGUUCAGGCCAUGGAUCUCUUGUUAACUUGUAAAUUACAAUUAAUAAAAUUUAUAUUUCUU